CGAAUCUAUUGAACACACGAAUAGAAAGCGUUUAAGUCAUCCGGAUUUGGUGUAAAUUAUCUUACAACACAAAUGUUAACUGUAACAUGCUUCUACCUUCAGUAGCUUAGCCGUUUGCGCUGUUUGGCACCGUCCCUCCUUGUACGCAUGCGUACUAGAAGAAGGAAGCGCAGAAUGUAAACAUGGCAGCCAUUCAGUGCACAGCAUAGAGGCAUACGUUUUAGCGUUAUUUACUACUUUGUAUUUGUUUAAUGUAAAGUAAAAUGGAUAAUAAUUACCCUUACCCUGCUUCGGAUGCUCCCCCACCUCCGGGGUUCAAUAAUAAUUAUGCACAGGGCUCGUACAACGCCAGCAGACCACCGGUACCCCCACAAAACAUGACCGCUAAUGCUAAUGCGGCUAGUGCAUCCGUAGCGGGGGGUAAUCAUCACGCUUCUACUUGGAACACCUCACAGAUGUCUUUUCGUCCACCAGCAUUUCCGGGAUCUGGGAACUAUGGUGCCCCUCCUAUGCCUUUUCCCCAUCGCUUCAACCCAGCGCUUCCACCUCCACAGAUGGGAUAUCCACCACCACCAGGCGUCCAUCCUGUCCCCUCUCCUGGUUCUCAUCCUGGCCCUCUUCCUGGUCCCUCUGGUUCUCUUCCUGGUCCUCCAGGUUCUCUUCCCAGUCCUCAUUCUGGUCCACCUGGUUCUCUUUCUGGUUCUCAUUCUGGUCCUCUGGGUCCACUUUCUGGCCCUUUUGUUUCCCUUCCUGGCCAUCUUCCUGGUCCUCAUUUUGGUCCUCCUGGUCCUCCUGGUUCUCUUUCUGGUCCACUUCCUGGGCCUCCAGGACCUCCUCCUGGUUCUUCUGGUUCUUAUUCCAGUCCACUUCCUGGUCCUCCAGCACCUCUUCCUGGUCCUCCUGGUUCACUUCCUGAUCCUCGUUCUGGUCCUCCUGGUCCUCUUGCUGGUCCUUCUUCUCAUCCUGGUCCUCAUCUGGGUUCUUUUUCUUAUCCUCCUCCUGGUCAACUUCCUGGUCCAAGUCCUGGUCCUCCUCCUUUCACCCAAUCAAACUACCGGUCUAGAUCACCCGCUCAACCACCACGCCAAAAUCAGCAUCAUCAAACGUUUUCUGAGAGUGGGAGUACAUUUAUUCGUGACAAAGAAAAGUUUGUGGCACCAACACAGCCUAAAGACGAAGCAACAAUUCAGCGAAGAGAGGACCAGAAGUGGAUCAGUCAGUUCUUACAAACCAAGGGAAGAAUAAAAAAUCUCUCCAAAAUGUGUGAAAGUCCUAUGCCAGGUCAAAUUACUGUUAGCCAGAUGAAAAAAACAUUGUACUCCACUGCUCAGCUUGUGUCACAGCUGUCAGAGUUAUGUGAAAAUCUGAAACUAAACGUGAACAGUCAGAGCGAAUGGACAGAAUCUUAUGUAAAAGCAAUUAAAAUGAAACAAGAAAUCCAGAGCCAACUCCAGUUUUUAAAAGAUGAUGAAAAUUUGCAAAGAGUGAAAACAAAGUUGUCCACAAUUGACAAGAGGCGAACCCGCAGAAAGAGAACUAAACAACGGUUGCAAAUGGAAAAGCAAGAGAGGGAAGCCCAAAUAGCGGAAAAAGAUGCUGAUAUAGAAAAAUGGAGAAUGAAGAAAAUACAAGAGGAGGAGGAGAAAAAGAAAGAAGAGGAGCUAAAGCUGGCUGCAGAUGCUGUACUUUGCGAGGUCCGAAAGAAGCAGGCAGAUGUGAAGAGAAUGCAGGACAUUCUCAAAUCUUUGGAAAAACUGAGAAAACUGAGAAAAGACGCUGCAGCCAGAAAAGGUAUUUUUACUGAACAACAGUCAGAUGAUAAUUUCAACACAAUCUUGGAGGAAUUGAGGAAUGUGGCUAAGAAAAGGACAGCUGUGUACGGAGCGGAGGAGCGGGCCCUGAUGGUGAUGUUGGAAGGAGAGCAGGAGGAGGAGAGGAAGAGAGAGCUGGAGGUGAAACGAAAGAGGGAGAGGGACAAACAGAUGCAGAUCAAACGCAAGGUCGACAUCAUACUGUUUGGGGAUGAUACACCUCCUGAUCCGUUCAUGCAGCCCUUCAGACAAUAUUACACCCAGGCUGAGGAAUCACUACCAGCUUUAGUACAAAUAAGGAGAGAGUGGGAUGCCUUCCUGGUUCCUGCAGAUCAUCCUGAGGGUUCUGCUGUUCCUCCGGGCUGGGUUUUACCAGAUCCUCCUUCAGACCAGACCUGGGCAUCUGUACUACAGACUUCUGAUACAGAAUGUGAAGAUGUAUGAAAACUGUGACUUGUUACAGGGAAAUAAUUACACGUGAUAUUCUGCUUUUAGCAGUAUUAUUAAAUUAAAUUAUUUUACAUCUUUUGUUUACACACCAUCAAUAAAUAUGUGUUUACAUUCCUGUAAUACUAUAUAUUUGUAUGGACAACACUUUUCAGUAACAUAAAGGAUAUUUUCUCAAGUUGUAAGCUGUGCGUGUAUAGCUAAUAUAUGCAAUAGUACACAUUUAUAUUUUUAUAUGUGAUGGUUCACAAUGUUUUAGGCCUAUGUUUUCUCACUAUCAACAGAAUGCUCAAAAGCAAAUGUCAACAUUCAAUGUAUUGAAUAGACUCUAUAUUAGCUAGUAUCUAGCUAUGCAUGUGUUAUUAAAUGUAUCUGUCUGAAUGACAUUUUGUUUUCUAAGCAAUUAUUUGACUGCAUAUAUUGCAGGUCAGCAUUCAGUAAACACUAGACCAGUAUGUCAUAGUAAUCAAAUGCUUAUGGUAUUGUAAUAUGUGUAAUGUUUUUGCUGAAUUAAUUAACUCACAAUAAAAUGCUACUAUUUUA